AUGGAAUCUGAACAACCUAUCAUAUUAAGAGUUCCCCUCACUGUCCUAUUUCUAUCUUCUUCCGAUCCAAAGAGAACCAGAUUAGGUCGAUCCACCAAUAAUCCGAAAUCACUCGAAGAUCAGGGAAAAGGAUACACAAAAGAGCUUUGGAACUCUAAGGAGGUGACACAGAGGAGUACAGUGAGUUUUACAGGGCUUUCAACGAGUAUUUGGACCCACUGGCAUCAACCCACUUCACAACAGAGCGCUGUAAGAUUCAGGAAGGAUGAAGUGAGCUUAGCAUUGAGAGAUGAGACUGCAAGAUACCUUUUCCAACAGAUUAAGCUUAGACUCAAAAGGAACAUGAGAAAGUUGGUUGUUUGA